AUUUGGAUUUAUUUAAUCAAAUAUGCCGGCAUUAAAUUUGCAUCCACUUGUAUUAGUACAUUUGUAAGAGCCUAAAUAUUACGAAACGUAUAUUUGAUCAAAUAAGCCUUACGUAAUUCGGCACUCUCUCAUAGACCAUACAAAAUAGCUUAUUGCACGCAGUAAGUAUUUGGGCUGAGUAAAUCCUCUCGCUUCGCCUCUUCCUAGCUGAACAAGUCAGUCAUGUGAUUUCCUUGUGCUCAAGCGGAGUCAGAAAAGCAUCGAAGAUUUUGUUUCAAGUAAAAAAAAGACAAUAAGUAAUUGACGGUAUAAAAGAAAUUUCCACCAUGGCUGAUGACUUGAAGAGAUACUUAUACAAACAGCUACCAAGUGUUGAGGGUCUUCAUGCAAUUGUAGUUACAGACAGGGAUGGUGUCCCAGUUAUCAAAGUGGCAAAUGAUAACGCACCAGAAUAUGCGCUACGGCCAGGCUUCCUCUCCACCUUUGCAUUGGCCACCGACCAGGGCAGUAAGCUAGGGCUCUCCAAAAACAAGAGCAUCAUCUGCUACUAUAACACAUACCAGAUUGUGCAGUUUAACCGGCUGCCGUUGGUGAUCAGUUUCAUCGCAAGCAGCACUGCUAACACAGGUUUGAUCAUCAAUCUGGAGAAGGAGCUCGUACCGCUAAUCGAAGAGCUACGGCAGGUAGUGGAGGUUGCUUAGGAGUGUCACCUUGAUGACAAAAGGACUGUUCUAUGACAGAAUCACAAGUUUCCUUUUUCAUGAUCACUCAUGUACACGCACCCUCACACAAGGAUGGCUCUGUUGCAGAAAGCCUAAUACAUGUUUGAUAGUGUCUUGAUGCUGUAUUCUUUGUCCUUCAUGUUCUAAUACUUUGUUACCCCUUCCUUGCUUGUGUUUUUUGUAAUUAAUGACUCAUGUAGACAUUUUCUUAAAAUAAAUAUUAACAGAAGUCACCCUCA